AUGGCUGAAAAUGUCACUCAGACCCCUGGAAAGGGCCUCGGGUGCGCUAAGGAGGUGGCACCUUGCCCUGGGCCCACCCGAGCGCCCGCCGACGGAGGGCUCAAGGAGGCGUCCAGUUCAGAUCCCAGCCCAGCCUCUGGCAGUCAGCUGGCCCCGGCGGCUUCACCCCUGCAGAGUGAGCUCGCCGCGGCCAGGACGUUACAAAGCACAGGUCCAGGUGAACCUGGCAGUGGAACCAGUGGCCAUUUGGAGACUGACCAGAGGCAUGGCUGCAGCCCACUUGAAGAGGAUAAAUCUAAAUCGCAGGAUAUAAUACCUCAGCCCCUGCUAGAUCAGUACGUGUCCAUGAUUGACCCAGCUCGAACCCAGACCGUCGAUACCGACAUCGCCAAACACUGUGCCUACAGCCUCCUGGGGGUGGCGCUGACACUGGGCAGGCAGAAUUGACACUGCCUGAAAGAUACGUACGAGACGCUGGCUUCCGACGUGCAGUGGAAGGUCCGUCAGACCUUAGCCUUCUCCAUCCACGAGCUGGCUGUGAUCCUUGGGGAUCAGUGCACGGCUGCCAACCUGCUGCCCAUCUUCAGUGGAUUUUUAAAGGACGUGGAUGAAGUACGCAUAGGAGUUCUGAAACACCUGUAUGACUUUCUAAAGUUGCUUCAUGAAGACAAGAGGAGAGAAUAUCUUUAUCAGCUUCAAGAAUUUGUAGUGACCGAUAACAGCAGGAAUUGGAGGUUUCGAUAUGGACUGACAGAACAGCUGAUAGUGAUUUUGGAACUCUGUAAUCCCAAUGCUGUUUAUGAUUAUUUCGUGCAUAUUGCCUUAAAGUUGUGUGCAGAUAAAGUUUCUGAAGUUCGGUGGAUCUCCUUCAAGCUAGUUGUAGCAAUUCUGCAGAAGUUCUAUUCCAACAGUGAAAGUGCGUUGGGGUUAAAUUUCAUCAAUGAACUCAUCCUAAGGUUCCGGCACUGUUCUAAGUGGGUCGGAAGGCAAGCGUUUGCUUUCAUUUGUCAGGCAGUGGUGAGCGAGGAGUGUAUCCCUGUGGACCAGUUUGUUGAACACUUACUCCCCAGCCUUGUAAGCCUUGCAUCAGAUCCUGUGCCAAACGUAAGGGUUUUGCUAGCCAAAGCUCUAAAACAGACACUGUUGGAAAAGGUGUAUUUUAGAAAUGCCGGUAACCCUCAUCUUGAAGUCGUUGAAGAGACUGUCUUAGCUUUGCAGUCCGACCGGAACCAAGAUGUUUCCUUUUCUGCCACCCUAGAACCAAAGCGGCGGAAUAGUAUAGACACUACCAUGCUAGAAAACCAGAAUUAACCAGUCUGUGGUCACUCACAAUCUGGUCAUUUCAUGUGUGGCAUGUGCUGCUCACCAUACCUUGAAGGGGAACUGAUUGUAUCAUACCUGCCCAGGGAGGACAGAUUUCUGAAACUCUGAUGUUGUUGUGUUCAAAUGACCCCUUUCCCAUCUGCACUCACGGGAACUACUGCUGGGAUGGGCAGGAGUCCCAGGUGGCCCGGCCUGUGCUGCGCUCCUGUGCCCCUGCCUGCCUGAUGAGGAAAUCUGUUAAAAGGCUGCAGAACCAGGUGGCUCACUGAGGGUGGGGGUGGGGGGACCUCCAUGGCAUCAGACUGCCUGGGAGCGGUUUGUUUUCUCUAUUACAGACUAUAUUAUUUAACCCCCAGCCAACCCCUCCCCCCCAGAAAUAAAGUACGUUAUUAGAAGCUUUUAAGUCUUUGAUAGACUUGUAUAUUUGGCUUCCCUCAUGCUUUCCUAUAAAAUAUAGUUUAUGGUAUUAUUUUUAACUGAAAUACUGUACAUAUGUAAAUAACUCUUGACAGGAAGAAAAUAUAUUAAUGUAAGAUUAGCUUCCUAUCAGUGAACAGAACAAAUACAUCAUUUAAAUUUAUGCUCCACUUUGAGCUUUGCACUUUGGGCUGCAAAUAUAGCCCAAUUUGUUUACUUUUGAAAAAUGUGAUAGUUAAAGAAAUCUACUAAAGACUGAUUUAUGGCAGUCUUUCUAAUAUUGUACUUUUGUUGUAAACUGUACUCGGAACUUUUCCUCAAGCACUCACUCCCUCCUCUUCUUGCAGGAACUGUU